AAUCUCGACGAAUGUAGAAAGUGGACUUAAACUGGCUUAUGCCACCCCGUCCAGUUUCCUUUCUUCUUUGAUCAUGGCUUCUAAUCUUUUUGCUUAUACACUCUCCAGUUGCCUGACAGAACUUGUGCAGUACCGGUGUGAACACGCAUCUCUUUACGAUCUUCAAAUAUAAUUAUUCUUUCGUUUUUAUACAUUCGAAUUCUGACGAUAUUUUUCGGUAUUUAUUAAUCUUUUAGAAUUUGAUUGAUCUACUCAUUACAAAUGACAAGUAUACGAAAUAUAAUCGUUCUUGUUGCUUUAAUUUUUAUUUUACACGGAGAAUCUUUCGCUGGAACUCUUUAUCGUCUGAAACGAUCGAAAAGUGAAUAUAUACUGCGCAGGUGUAUCGCUAGCGCAGAAUUAAUUAAAAUGCACGUACCUGAAAGAAGUACGACACGAUCGAUUUCAUCUAAUAUAGAAAAACACGAUAUUAAUGAAACUUCCACGAUACAACGAAACGAUAAACGGAUUAAAUCACGCGGUGAUGAUCGGCAAUAUUUUAUAUCUACAAAUUUCAAAGAUACACCUCUUAAAACUGUAAACAUUCAAGCAGUACAAAAAGAUAAACCUCUAAUAUUUCAAAAGAAAUAUCAACUACCUGAACUUCAACAUAAUGUACCCAGCAAAGCACCUGAAAUAUCAACUAAUGUUAUUACCAUUAAAUCAUCGCCGGAAAAGGACAUUUUUCUUUCUAUUAACAACAUGUAACAUUAAUACAAUUGCUAAGAAUAAUUAAUCACACAUAAUACAACAUGGUAAUAAUGCUUAAAAAAAGUUAGUAUGAAACAUGAUAUUUUACACACAUUUUGUAGACACAUCUCUAUGAAAAAGUAAUUCAUGAUUUAUAGAUAAAUUAUUUAAGUCAAAUUUCAUUUAAUUUACUAUAUGUACUAUGGUAACAUGUCUUUAAUAAUUAUCUAAAAUUAAGCAGUAUUCGGUGGUACCAGUAUAGAUUCUGGUAAUUUCUGUAAUUCAACCUAUAAAAGAAAUUUUAUUAAAUUAAAAAAAAAAAAAAAAAAAAAAAAAAAAAAAAAAAUGAAAAUGAAAAUACCAAGAACAGAAUACAUAUUUAAACAAACCUUUGUAACUUUCAUUGCUACACCUUCUGGUAAAUUUCGUUGAAGAUAUUCUAAGAAAGUAUCUGCAGUUGAUCCUGUUAAUUUUGCAAAAUCCAUAAAUCUAAAGUAAGUUCUGCUUUCAUAUUGUACACGAUGUUUUUUAUGUACAUGUACAGAUUUCAACACUGUUAAUCGUUCAUGCACAGCUUUUCUAGGUGUUGUACUGUAAUAUAAAUAAACAAAUUUUAAUUAACCGAUCUAUAUUAAGAAUAUUAU